UGCUGCCGGAUGACGUGGCUGAACGGCAAGAGCAGCACUACCGGCGGCAGACUGUGAGACAGCGAGCAACUCAAAAUUGGUCACUGACAUAGCCAGGUAGAAGAAACGGGGAUAGCUUGAAUUGCACUGGAACCGGAUUCUCUUGAAUGCGUUUCUGAAGCACGAUGAGGACGAUCAGGGUAAAGCUGGUGUUGCUGUUUGUGCUGUCCGCUGUGGAUAUGCUGUUGCCAGUCUGGGCGGAUGAACACGAACAUACGUAUACAGAUACAGAAGAAGUUGUCUUGUGGAUGAACACAGUUGGACCAUACCAUAACAGACAAGAAACAUACAAGUACUUUUCACUGCCCUUCUGUGUCGGGACAAAAAGGGCUAUUAGCCAUUACCACGAGACACUAGGAGAGGCUCUCCAAGGAGUUGAACUAGAGUUUAGUGGGCUGGAUAUCAAAUUUAAAGGUGAGGUUCUGCAAACAACAUACUGUGAAAUUGAGCUGGAUAAAGGAAAACGAGAGGCCUUUGUUUAUGCCAUAAAGAACCACUAUUGGUACCAGAUGUAUAUCGAUGACUUGCCAAUCUGGGGUAUUGUUGGAGAAGCAGAUGAAAAUGGAGAAGAUCAUUACCUGUGGACCUACAAGAAACUGGAAAUCGGGUACAACGGCAAUAGAAUUGUAGAUGUGAAUCUGACAAGUGAAGGAAAAGUCAAGCUUGUGCCAAAUACAAGAAUUGCAAUGUCUUAUUCUGUAAAGUGGAAAAAGUCAGAUGUAAAGUUUGAAGACAGAUUUGACAAGUAUCUCGAUCCAUCUUUCUUUCAACACAGAAUUCACUGGUUUUCAAUCUUCAAUUCCUUCAUGAUGGUUAUUUUUCUGGUGGGCUUGGUUUCCAUGAUUCUGAUGAGAACUUUACGGAAAGAUUAUGCAAGAUACAGCAAAGAGGAAGAGAUGGACGAUAUGGAUCGGGAUCUGGGGGAUGAGUAUGGAUGGAAGCAAGUUCAUGGAGAUGUUUUCAGGCCAUCCAGUCACCCCCUCAUGUUCUCUUCUCUGAUUGGAUCUGGCUGCCAAAUCUUUUCAGUCUCCAUGAUUGUUAUUAUUGUAGCAAUGAUUGAGGAUCUGUAUACUGAGAGAGGGUCCAUGCUUAGUACUGCUAUUUUUGUCUAUGCUGCAACAUCACCAGUAAAUGGUUAUUUUGGAGGAAGCUUGUAUGCUAAACAAGGAGGCAGAAGAUGGAUAAAGCAGAUGUUCAUUGGGGCCUUCUUGAUUCCUGCCAUGGUGUGUGGAACUGCGUUCUUCAUCAACUUCAUUGCCAUGUAUUACCACGCCUCAAGAGCUAUACCGUUUGGGACAAUGGUUGCUGUGUGCUGUAUCUGCUUCUUUGUGAUUCUUCCACUGAACCUGGUUGGAACAAUUCUAGGCAGAAAUUUGUCUGGGCAACCCAACUUCCCAUGCCGGGUGAAUGCUGUGCCACGUCCAAUCCCAGAGAAGAAAUGGUUCAUGGAGCCAGCUGUUAUUGUUUGUCUUGGUGGGAUUCUGCCAUUUGGCUCUAUCUUUAUUGAAAUGUAUUUCAUCUUCACCUCGUUUUGGGCUUACAAGAUCUACUAUGUCUAUGGCUUCAUGAUGCUGGUCCUGGUCAUUCUCUGCAUUGUGACAGUCUGUGUGACCAUUGUGUGCACCUAUUUUCUGCUCAAUGCCGAAGACUAUAGGUGGCAAUGGACAAGCUUUCUUUCUGCAGCCUCAACUGCAGUCUAUGUGUAUAUGUAUUCCUUCUACUACUAUUUCUUUAAAACAAAGAUGUAUGGCUUGUUUCAAACAUCAUUCUACUUUGGAUAUAUGGCAGUGUUCAGCACUACUUUGGGGAUAAUGUGUGGAGCUGUUGGUUUCAUGGGAACAAGUGCCUUCGUUAGAAAGAUCUACACAAAUGUGAAAAUUGAUUAGUAGAAGUGACAGCACUGGGAACUGUGGAUCAUUGUCUGCUUUUCUUACUGGGCAGGAACUUGCACAAUUCAUUUUGCAAGAGGAGGUUGGGUAUAUUACUGGGUACGUUGUGGGUCUCUAUUGUAUGGAUGACUUAAAAGAAAUAUCUAUUUCCAUCGAUCCUGAGUUCUUAUUGACUGCUUUCAACAACUUUUCAUGAGAGAAAAUGCUUGGGUUAUAUGCAGUAGGCAUUUACAAUACAGUGCUAAUUUUCCCCCAAAAAAGUAACUCCAUUAAUGUUGAAUUGUCUAGCUCUCUUCAGUGAAGAGGACAAACAGUUUAUUGAAAGCAUUUUGUUCUAUUGUAAGAGGGAAACUUGGCUGUUUAAACUAGUUGACCUGGAGUCUUUCUGGUGUUUUAUUUUACCCAGAAAGCCUUAAUAAUUCUAGUUUCAGUAACCAUUGCUAAAGUACUGUUUUUUUGGGGGUUUUUUUGCUUUUUGUUAACACUGGCUACUGCAUGUAAUAUGUCAGCUUUGACUAUAGCUGGACCAGUGCCAUUUCCCUGCCUAUUUGUCUUCAUAUUAAUUAUCAUAUUAUUUAAGUCCAUCCAUCCAAAGGAAAAGUUGCAUUUAGAUCAGAAAGUGUGUUCUGCCCGACAAUUUACUAUACAGCUAGUGAACAGAGGUUACUGUUAGGACUGGUGAAUUUGUUUUUAUUAGAUAGUUUGAAGUCUGUGAUGUUGUUUUAAUUGGAUGUCUGAUGUGGCCCUCUUUUUCCACUUUUUUGUUUUAUGUUUGGUUUUGAAUGAAGGCGUUACUUAAGAAAUUGUAUGGAUGGGAUAUUACAUGUAUAUAACCUUCAAGCAGUGGAACUUGAGGAGCAGCACCCAUGUAUUUGGAUGUACAGAUUUAUUACAGAGUACUUUUUCGUAAAAUGAAAUAUUCCGUAAA